AUGGCGAAAACAACCCAAAAUGAUGCCGAUGAGGACGAGCUCCGCCGCAUGAAACUAGAAAUAGCCCUAGAAGUGAAAUCUCUCCGGCGCAUCAUCAGCGCUUAUCUCAAUUAUCCAGAGGCAGCCGAAGAAGAUGUUAGAAGAAACGAAAGGUCUUUCCAAAAGCUUCCCCAGGCCCAUAAGGAACUCUUGUCCCACCUUCCAUCUAAAUUUCAGAAGCUGAGAUGGUGCAUUUCGAAAAAUUCAUUUUUUAUUUUUGAAAUGCUCAAGGCAUUUGAACCCCCACUUGAUAUGAGUCAGGAUAUCGAUUUUUGUGAAAAAGAAUGUCAGAGGAAUGUUCAAAACGAUUCCAUCUUCACUGGGGAGACAACUCUUGGCUCUUGUAGGCUUCUGUCUGCAGAUGGAAAGGUUGUUUCCCACUCUAUAGCUGAUGCAGCCAAUCCCGUGAAUGUGAUUCGCAAUGCUCCAAAAGAGAUGAGUCCCCAUCAGUCUGAUGAACUAAAUGUUGGGAGCUGUUCCGUGGGCGAGCGCAAGGAAAAUGAAAAUUGUCCAACUGAUGGGUCGAAGUUUUCUUCUACUUGUUGUAAUGGAAAUGUUAUAUCUUCUAACCCUGAGUGGCUGGAUCCAUCAUUGCAGUUGCAUGUUCCUUUAGUUGAUGUAGAUAAGGUUAGGUGUAUCAUUAGAAACAUUGUACGAGAUUGGGCAUCUGAGGGAGAGAAGGAGCGGGAUCAGUGCUAUAAGCCCAUUCUGGAAGCACUUCAUAACUUAUUUCCCCAUCGCAAUGAGGAGAGUCCGCCAUCUUGUUUAGUUCCUGGUGCUGGACUUGGGAGACUAGCUCUAGAAAUUUCUCGUCUCGGGUUUAUGUGCCAAGGAAAUGAGUUUUCAUACUACAUGAUGAUCUGCUCAAGUUUUAUUCUUAACCAUACUCAGACUGCCGAGGAGUGGACAAUCUAUCCUUGGAUACAUAGUAAUUCCAAUUCCCUGUCUGACAGUGACCAGCUUCGUCCUGUUUCAAUUCCAGACGUACACCCAGCUACUGCAGGGACUACUGAAGGUUUUUCAAUGUGUGGCGGGGAUUUUGUUGAAGUAUAUAGUGACCCAAGCCAAAUAGGAGCUUGGGAUUCUGUGGUGACUUGCUUUUUCCUUGAUACAGCACAUAAUAUUGUAGAAUAUAUUGAAAUCAUAUCAAGAAUUCUCAAGGAAGGGGGGUUCUGGAUAAAUUUGGGUCCAUUACUCUAUCACUUUGCAGACACCUAUGGGCAGGAUGAUGAGAUGUCGAUUGAGCUCAGUUUAGAAGAUGUGAAAAGAGUUGCUCUUCAUUAUGGAUUUAAGUUUGAGCAAUCCUCAACCAUUGAGACAACCUACACGACAAAUCCUCGAUCUAUGAUGCAAAACCGAUACUUUGCUGCAUUUUGGAUAUUGCGGAAAAUUGCCCAGGGAAAGCAGGAAGCAAUUGAAACGGUGGAAUCAGCAAAGAAUAGAACUUCAAGUUUGUCAGCCGGCGAAAGUAGUCGACUCUUCAGGAUAGCUGCAACACCAGCUCGCAAAAGGCCAUGGCUGCUCCAACUGAAGCAACAAAGGUGGAGGAAUGGAAACCCCCGUUUAAUUUCCAAACAUGUCUCCGACUUCAAAUUUGCUCCCAAAGCUGCUGCUGCUGCUUCGUCUUCUCCAGCACCAGCCGACUACUCCGAGCAACUCUUGGGAGUGAAACCAGGGCCGGAUAGUCAAAAAAUCGCCGGCGUGGAUCAGGAAGAGUUGGAGGAUCCAUCUCCUUUGGCGGAUCCAGAUAACUUGUCAAAAGAUGCUAAUAACACUCAAAUAUCUGAAAACACUAAAAGAGUUGGCCUCGGUCUUCCUAUCAUUCUUUUCCAUGGUUUUGGAGCUUCUUUGUUUUCAUGGAAUCGAGUCAUGAAAUCUUUGGCCCGUGUCACUGGUUCAAAAGUUCUUGCCUUUGACAGGCCGGCCUUUGGCUUGACGUCAAGGGUGGAUCCAUCAAAUUAUUCACCCCCUGCCAGUGAAGAUACUAAACCUCUGAAUCCAUACUCAGUGAUGUUUUCAGUUCUGGCAUCACUAUUUUUUAUGGAUUUCUUGGCAGCUGACAAAGCUAUUCUAAUGGGGCACUCAGCUGGUUCCUUGGUAGCUGUUGAUACUUAUUUCGAGGCACCUGAGCGAGUAGCUGCUAUGGUUCUUGUUGCUCCAGCAAUUUUUGCGCCUCUCACGCCACAGAAUUUACCUAAAGAUGAUCAGAGAGAUCGAAACAAUCAGAAACCAGAACAGUCAGAGUCCAUCAAUCGUCAGAAUCCAAUAAUUGCAAUUUUCAGCACCUUGUCAAAGUUUGCCAAAUAUAUUGUGCAGUCAAUAAUGCAAAUUUUUAGAAGCAUGGGAGAUAUGAUAAAUUCUCUUUACAAGAAGGCCUUAUCUACAUUCCUCCGAUCCGCUAUUGGUGUGCUGCUGGUGAGGUGGAUAAUUGAUAAAUUUGGCACUGCCGCUGUUCGAAAUGCAUGGUAUGAUUCAAAUCAAGUUACUGAUGAUGUGUUGCAAGGUUAUGUGAAGCCACUGAGGGUGAAAGGUUGGGAUAGGGCUCUUGUGGAAUAUACUGUGGCAAUGCUUACAGAUAAUUCUUCUCAAUCAAAGCCCUCGCUGGCGAGAUUGAGUGAGAUUUCAUGUCCAGUCCUUAUUGUUACUGGAGAUAGCGACCGGCUAGUUCCUCCUUGGAAUUCUCAAAGGCUGUCAAAAAUCAUUCCAGGAUCACGCCUAGAGGUAAUCAAGAAUUGUGGCCAUCUACCACAAGAAGAGAAGGCCGAAGAGUUUGUAUCAAUCGUGGAGAAAUUUCUUCGACGAGCAUUCGGUGCUUCAGAGGAGCAGCAGUAUUUGCAAGCAGUGACUUGA